UUUGUCAAGGCUACGUACAAUUAUCAGAAACUAGACAGUUCAUCCCUUUCGUUCGUCGUUGGUGAUGUUAUUGAAGUCUUGACGACGUUAGAAUCGGGAUGGUGGGAUGGUCUAUUGGGAAAUGACCGUGGAUGGUUCCCUUCAAACCAUGUG